UCUGUCAAAAUUAAACAUACAAACAAAGAGGAACCUUCCUCUUUGAUACAAAUUCCAAAUUCAGUCUUGUCAAAUUGACAUUUAAAACUGGAAACGUUGAAAUACAUUACUUCUAUCCAAACCAUUAGGAAGUCAGUGUUAAUGUUAAUUAUGUUGAUAUUGUAAUAGCAAUGGCAGCCGAAAUCAAACCAGCAACACAAUCAAACGAUAGAUUUUGUACAACGAAAAAACCCGCCCUCUUGGCAAAAUUGGAAGGGUGUACCGAUGAAAUUAAUGCCGCAGUUUUAAUUCCAGGGGAAGAGGGAGUUAUCAGUGUUUCUGAUGAUAAAACCGUGCGAGUAUGGUUAAAAAGGGAUUCUGGACAGUACUGGCCCAGUAUCUGUCAGUAUAUGCCUAGCGGGGCAACUUCUGUAUAUUACACUAUAGAAACAAGACAACUAUUCAUUGGUCAAGAAAAUGGUACAGUUUCUGAGUAUUCCCUGGCCUCGGAUUUCAAUAGAAUGAUGCUUAUUAAGGAAUAUUUAGUUCAUCAGGCUAGAGUCACAGACAUAAUUUUCUCAUUACAAUGUGAGUGGGUUCUUAGUGUUGGUAGAGAUAAAGUUUUUUCUUUUGAAUGUGCCCAAACUGGAAGAAACUUGGGCACUUUUACUUCAGAAGCAUGGUGUACAGCACUUCAAUUUGAUACACAAAGCAAACAUGCUUUUGUGGGUGAUUAUUCUGGCACAAUUACAAUGUUGAAAUUGGCAAAUGAUGGAUUAUCAGUGAUUACAACUUUCAAAGGACAUUCUGGGUCAGUUCGUUCACUUGCAUGGGAUAUGGAAAGAAGUAUGUUAUUUAGUGGUUCUUUUGACAAAACUGUGAUUGUAUGGGAUAUUGGUGGCCAACAGGGACAUGCUUAUGAGCUCCAGGGACAUCAUAAUAAGGUUUCUGCAUUAUUUUAUUUGAACACAACUAAACAAUUGGUGAGUGCAGGUGAGGAUGGUGUUAUUGUCUUUUGGGAAAUGGGACAAGAAAGAAAAGAAACACCUGAAUGGGUCGAAUCAGACUUAUGUCAGUUAUGUGGCCGCCCAUUUUUCUGGAAUCUCAGGGCUAUGAUGGACCAAAGACAACUAGGUUUGAGACAACACCAUUGCAGGCAUUGUGGAAAAGCAGUUUGUGAAAGGUGUUCUACAGGAAAACUGACCAUUCCAAGUAUGGGUUUUGAAUUUCCUGUCAGGGUAUGUGAUCCUUGUCACAAUAAUCUGAAGGAUAAAGAACGACCAUCUAUGGCCACAUUCCAUGAUGCCAAACAUGCUAUAGUUUCAAUGACUAUAGACCAAACUACAAAAAAAUUACUUUCUGUUGGUCAAGACCGCAUUAUCAAAGUAUGGGAUAUAUCACCAUUGCUUUGAUUCAAUUGUUUCCUUUGAACACUUGAAAUGUGAUUCAAAAUAUUACAUGUGCUAUGAUUUAUGUUUGUAAAAAAUUAUAAUGUUAUAUUUAUAUUCUAAGCCUUAUAGUUUAUUAUAUGAUGCCUCAUCUUGGAAAAUACUAAUGUCAUUUUCAAAAACGAAUUAUUAUAGAAAUGAUGAGUUAUUUCCUUUGAGUAUUUGAAAUUUUUUUAUGUAGCUUCCAUGAAUAGGAAUAUUAAAGUGGAAUCAAUUCUCA